AGAGAGCCACCCAAACUCCCCAAACCACCCAAUCAAGUGCAAUAUGCGAAUGUAGAGCCUCUCUGCCUGAGAGAGGAGGAGUUUCAUAAACACACACUGGAGAGUGAGAGGACAGGAGAGAGGACAGUAAGAGAGGACAGGAAGAGAGGACAGGUAUGGGGACAGGUGAGAGGACAGGGGAGGGAACAGGUGAGAGGACAAGUGAGAUGACAGGAAGAAAUUAAGAGACAAAGAAGGAAAGGAACUCUCCAAACGUUCAGAAUCAGUUUCCUUCGCAAAGAAAGAAGACAAAUUCUCCUCAAAUUCAGCCCAAACUCUACUACUUUCUAAGCUGUGUCUGGGAAACCAAAGGAAGAAAAGAGAGAAGACACACAGGAGAGGAGGGAAAGAGAGACCUGAACUCACAGGAGAGUUAAGUGUCUCAAACAACAAGAAAACAAGCAGCUCACUGUCUAACUACCUGGAGAGAAGGAAUAGUGUGCACCUUUCUGUCUGAGGAACACUGAAGAGAGGGAGGAAACAGAGGAAAUACAACAAGACAAGAGAUAAAUGAAGGGUGAAGAACGGGAUUCAAACUAGUCAAACCUGCUGACGACAAGAAAAAGAAGAGUGGCGAGAAGAGAGCGAUAACAUCACAUCAAACCACUGGGAAAACACGGAAAGGAGGGAAUGUACAUGUAUGCGUUCAAGGAACUCAUAGAAGAAAGAGAAAGAUAAAGCUAUUCAAGUUUUGAGAACUGCUGUUGUACUGGAGUCAAAUGCAGUGCAGGAUCUGUCCAGCCUUCACACUGCCUAGAACGUCUGAUUGGGGAUUUGGUAUUUCGACUACAGAGCUGAAACCUCCGCUCUGUCUGUUAACCAGGUCACUGCUGUUCUGUAUGUGAGAAUAUGUCCUCAGUGUUUAAAAACCGUCUAACAGAGUUUAAUGGUUAAAUGAAUGACAAUACGACAAUACAAUGUCUCAGGAGGAUGGUAGGAGUGUCGGGAGCGCAGGGAGCGCGGGGGCGGACAGCGAGUCGGACCACAAUGAACACCAGACCACUAUCCAGAACCAGACCUACGUUCAGGACCAAGACCAGGAUUCUGACCAGGUAUUAGAAGAUGUGAUAGUAGUACUGGACCGGAUCGCCAGUCUCUCUGUGGACAUGUUCGAGCCCAGCGACUUCAAGGGAAGGUUCACUAAGAUCAAGCCCAGAUCCAGGAAGAAAACCCAGAUCUUCAGAGCCUCUCCGGUGGGCCUGAAGCCACCGCUCCCGCCCAGCAGCGGUCCCUCGUCAGAGAGGAAGGGUCCCGUCGCCAUGGUGCCUGUUACCGUGGACCCCGAGAGCAAGCCUGGGGAGUUCGUCCUCAAGAGUCUGUUCGCUAACUUCACCUCCGUCUCCGAGAGGAAGAUACGCAUCAUCAUGGCCGAACCACUGGAGAAGCCUCUCAACAAGUCACUACAGAGAGGAGAGGAUGUACAGUUUGACCAGUUAAUCAGUACAAUGAGUUCUCUGGCUGAGUACUGUCUCCCCUCCAUUCUGAAGACACUGUUUGACUGGUAUAAACGACAAAAUGGACUAGAGGACGAGAGUCACGAAUACAGACCCAGGGCCAACACCAAGUCCAAGAGUGAUGAGCAGCAGAAGGACUACUUGCUGGAGAGGAGGGAUCUGGCCAUAGACUUCAUCUUCUCCCUGGUGCUCAUAGAAGUACUCAAACAGAUCCCACUCCAUCCUCUGAUGGAUGGGUUGAUUCAGGAGGUUAUUAACCUGGCUUUCAAACACUUCAAGUACAAGGAGGGCUACCUUGGUCCCAACACAGGGAACAUGCACAUGGUGGCUGACCUCUAUGCUGAGGUGGUGGGGGUCGUCGCACAGUCCAGAUUCCCCGCUGUGAGGAAGAAGUUCAUCUCUGAGCUGAAGGAGUUGAGACAAAAGGAACAGAACCCCUAUGUUUUCCAGUCUACCAUCAGCCUCAUCAUGGGAGUCAAGUUCUUCAGGAUCAAGAUGUACCCCGUGGAGGACUUCGAGGCCUCCUUCCAGUUCAUGCAGGAGUGUGCCCAGUAUUUCCUGGAGGUAAAGGAUAAGGACAUUAAACAUUCUCUGGCUGGACUCUUCGUAGAGAUACUGGUUCCUGUAGCUGCAACGGUGAAGAACGAGGUGAAUGUUCCGUGUCUGAGGAACUUUGUAGAGAGUCUGUAUGACACUACGCUGGACCUGUCCUCUAGGAAGAAACACUCUCUGGCUCUGUUUCCGUUGGUUACCUGUCUGCUGUGUGUCAGUCAGAAGCAGCUCUUCCUCAACAGAUGGCACAUCUUCCUCAACAACUGUCUCUCCAACCUCAAGAAUAAGGAUCCCAAGAUGGCCCGUGUGGCUCUGGAGGCUCUCUACCGUCUCCUCUGGGUCUACAUGAUCAGGAUCAAGUGUGAGAGCAACACCGGAACGCAGAGUCGUCUGACGUCCAUCACCACCACUCUGUUCCCUAAGGGCAGUCGUAGUGUCGUACCCAGAGACAUGCCACUCAACAUCUUUGUCAAGAUCAUACAAUUUAUAGCCCAGGAAAAACUUGAUUUUGCCAUGAAGGAGAUCAUCUUUGACCUGCUGUGUGUCGGGAAGCCUGCCAAAGCUUUCAGUCUCAACCCAGAGCGUAUGAACAUAGGUCUGAGGGCCUUCCUGGUGAUAGCUGAUGCCCUGCAGCAGAAGGACGGGGAGCCUCCCAUGCCCAACACUGGAGCCACUCUGCCCUCUGGAAACUCUCUGAAGAAGAAGAAGACUUACCUCAGCAAGACGCUCACUGAGGACGAAGCCCAACUCAUAGGUGUGUGUGUGUGUGUGUGUGUGUGUGUGUGUGUGUGUGUGUGUGUGUGUGUGUGUGUGUGUGUGUGUGUGUGUGUGUGUGUGUGUGUGUGUGUGUGUGUGUGUGUGCGUGCGUGUGUGUGUGUGUGUUCUGUGUGCCUCCAGGUUCAGGACACACACCAGGGUCUGCAGGACUCCUCCAUCAAACUACUGCUGCAGCUGCUCACACAGUGGAGACUCACACUGCAGGUCCCUGGGAACAAACGGGCUACUGAGACCAGUCCCAGACUACCAGACCGUAGUCCUCACUGCUCAGUGCUUCAUGCUGUAGAAGGCCUGGCUCUGCUGCUCCUCUGCUCCUGUCAGACCAGCACACGCAAACUGGCUGUGUCUGUUCUCAGAGAAAUACGCAUCCUCUUCAAUACUAUAGGACACGCAGAGGACGAUGACAAGCCUAUGAUAGAGGUGAUGGACCAGCUCAGUCCUGCUGUGAUGGACAGCUUUGUACACGUGGCCGUGUCCGACUCUUCCACCCUCCCUCUCAGCCACCACGUGGACCUACAGUGGUUGGUGGAGUGGACAGCCAGACUGGUGAGCAGUGCCUACGACGUGAAGAGUCCCAGCCAUGUAUGGAUCUACGCCCAGUGUGUCAAAGACCCCUGGGUACUCUGUCUGCACAGCUUCCUGCGCCAGGAACACCUCCCCAAACUCUGCCCUACCGCUCUCAGCUACGCCUGGCCCUACGCAUUCACCAGGCUACAGCUGCUGCUGCCACUGGUUGACCCCAACAGUCCAGUGAAUGCUAAGAAGACCUCGUCGGCGGGCUCCAGUGACAGCUCCAUCGCUCUGUGGCGGAACUACCUGAUCCUCUGUCUAGGCGUGGCCAAACCCAGCAUCAUGUCACCUGGGCACCUGAGAGCCUCCACACCUGAAAUCACUGCUACCACACCCGACGGCAGUGUUACCUACGACAACAAGGUGAUUGGUACUCCGUCAGUGGCGUGGCUCCUGAAACAGCUGGUCCCUCUGAUGAGAGCUGAGAGCAUAGAGAUCACUGAAUGUCUAGUGCUGGGCCUCGGACGCACCAACGCCCUGGUGUUCAGAGAAUUAGUAGAGGAGCUCCACCCACUGAUGAAGGAAGCCCUGGAACGUAGACCUGAGAAUAAGAAGCGUCGUGAGAGGAGGGACCUGCUCAGACUGCAGCUUCUCAGAAUCUUUGAACUGCUGGCCGACGCUGGAGUCAUCAGUGACAGUACUAACGGAGCAUUGGAGCGUGACAGCCUGGCGUUAGGAGCUCUGUUCCUGGAGUACGUGGACCUGACCAGGAUGCUGCUGGAAGCCGAGAACGACAAGGAGCUGGACGUUCUCAAAGACAUCAGGGCCCACUUCUCUGGCAUGGUGGCCAACAUCAUACAGUGUGUCCCUGUCCACCACCGGCGUUUCCUGUUCCCCCAGCAGUCUCUGAGGCACCACCUCUUCAUCCUGUUCAGCCAAUGGGCUGGCCCCUUCAGCGUGAUGUUCACGCCCCUCGACCGUUACAGCGACCGCAACCACCAGAUCACCAGAUACCAGUACUGUUCUCUGAAGGCGAUGUCCUCGGUGCUGUGUUGUGGUCCAGUGUUUGACAACGUGGGUCUCUCUACUGAUGGAUAUCUCUACAAAUGGCUGGACAACAUCCUGGCCUGCCACGACAUACGGGUGCACCGUCUGGGCUGUGAGGUGGUGAUUCUGCUGUUAGAGCUGAACCCAGAUCAGGUGAACCUGUUUAACUGGGCUGUAGACCGCUGUUUCACUGGCUCCUACCAACUGGCCUCAGGAUGCUUCAAGGCCAUCGCUACUGUCUGUGGCAGCAGGAACUACCCAUGUGACAUUGUGACUCUGUUGAACCUGGUCCUGUUCAAGUCUUCAGACACCAGCAGAGAAAUAUACGAGAUCUCCAUGCAGCUGAUGCAGGUUCUGGAAGCCAAGCUGUGUGUGUACUCUAAGCGCAUGGUGGAGCAGAAGCCUGGUAACAUUCUGUAUGGGACACAUGGACCUCUACCUCCUCUCUACAGCGUCUCUCUGUCCUCACUCUCUACACAGCUGGCCUCCAUGUACCCCGAGCUCACUCUGCCUCUCUUCUCAGAGGUGUCCCAGCGUUUCUCCACCACCCAUCCUAACGGCAGACAGAUCAUGUUGUCCUACCUGCUACCCUGGCUGUCUAACAUAGAGCUGGUGGAUACAGGCCUCCUACCCCCUGCGUCCAGCCCCUGUACCCCAGAAGAGGAGCCCCGUGGUCGGGCACACACCCUGGGUCUCGCCCCUCGGCUCCGGGGGAACGGCUGGGGCUCCCUCCAGGCCAGCUCUCUGGUCCUCAACAACCUCAUGUUCAUGACUGCUAAGUAUGGAGACGAGGUUCCAGGUCCAGAGAUGGAGAACGCGUGGAACGCCCUGGUGUCCAAUGAGAAGUGGAGUAACAACCUGCGUACAGCGCUCCAGUUCCUCAUCAGUCUCUGUGGAGUCAGCUCUGAUACCACGCUGCUGCCCUACAUCAAGAAGGUGGUGAUCUACCUGUGUCGUAACAACACCAUUCAGACCAUGGAGGAGCUGCUGUUUGAGCUGCAGCAGACAGACCCAGUCAACCCUGUGGUUCUGCACUGUGAUAACCCGCCCUUCUACCGCUUCGCCGCCAGUAACAAGAUGUCUGCUCACCACUCAGGCACUACGUCCAGCAGUAACACAGUAGUGGCAGGACAGGAGAACUUCCCAGAGACAGAGGAGUCCAAGCUGGCGAGAGAGAACGAGGAGAGGGCCAAGGCUCACAACAGACUGGAGUCUCGCUACAGUAACAGCUCAGGCGGUUCCUAUGACGACGAGAAGAAUGACCCUCUCCCGCCGUAUGCUGGUUGGCUGAUGAGCGUGUUGGAGACCAAUCGGCCGCAGCCGUUGCCCAUGCCAGUUAACGGAGGUUGCUGGGCGCCACUGGUGGACUACCUUCCUGAAACCAUCACACCUAGGGGACCACUACACAGGUGUAAUAUAGCAGUGAUCUUCAUGACAGAGAUGGUGGUGGACCACAGUGUGAGAGAGGACUGGGCCCUUCACCUUCCACUACUGCUGCACGCCCUCUUCCUAGGUCUGGACCACUACAGGCCAGAGGUGUUUGAACACAGCAAGCGUCUCCUCCUCCACCUCCUCAUCGCUUUAUCCUGCAACAACAACUUCCAGGUGAUAGCCUCUGUGCUGCUGCUCACCAGAGAGAUCAGUGACAACAAAACACUCACCAUCAAAUCCAGCUAUCAGCCAGAGUACCAGUACUCAGGUGGUCCUGACUUCCUGCGGGAGUGGCAGGCGUCCCCGGUGGCUGACUCUGGCAUGAGCUCCUCCUCCAACUCUUCUUCUGCCAGUCUUGGCGGCGGCAGCACGGGGGGCAGUGUGGGUAACCUGCCCAUGGUAACCCCCGACGACCUGGAGGACCUAGAGGACACGGCCAGUGAGGCGGACAACAAGACCAACAAACUGAUAGAGUUCCUAACUACCAGAGCGUUUGGCCCGCUGUGGGUCCACGAAGACGUCACUCCUAAGAACCCCAGCUGUAAAAGCUCAGACCAGCUGUCCAACUUCCUCCGACACGUCAUCUCUGUCUUCAAGGAGUCCAAGUCAGAUUUCCACCUUGAACAGCAGUUGAGUGAUGUAGCGUUGCAGACCGCUCUGUGCAGCUCGUCUCGUCACUACGCUGGGCGGAGCUUCCAGAUAUUCAGAGCUCUCAAACAGCCAAUCAACGCUCACGCUGUAUCCGACCUGCUCUCACGAUUGGUGGAGGUGGUGGGAGAGCACGGGGACGAGGUGCAGGGCUAUGUGAUGGAGGUGUUGCUGACUCUAGAAUCAGUGGUGGUGAACCUGGCUGAGUGUCUGAAGAACAGUGAUCUGAUGACUGCUCUGACCAGGACCUCCUCCCCAGACUUCUUAACCAAUGAGAAGCUUGAGAAGCAGUUUAACAGGAAGAGCACUGGCCAGCUCAACCUGCCGGGGGUGGGGCUUAGCGGCCUCUCAGCCGAACGCAGCCGACACCAGCGGUCCUAUUCUGUACCCAAAAAGUUUGGUGAGAGCGGCAACCAAUCACACGAUCCGCCUCGCAGCGCUACCCUCGACCGCAUCCAGGCCUGCACCAAUCACGGCCUAGGCCGGCCCGGACGGAGUAUACACGCCUCCUCGGCGUCGACUAAUCGAAUUGAUCCUAGCGUGCUGUCUGAUCCUGCCCACGUGUCCCAUCCUUCGUCCCUAUUGGCUACGGUGUUCUGGGUGGCGGUGUCACUCAUGGAGUCAGAUUUUGAGUUUGAGUAUCAGAUGUCCCUAAGGCUGGUCCACAAGCUACUGUCUAAGGUGCCCCUGGACCGGGCGGAGAACCGUGAGCGUUUGGAGAAGCUGCAGGCCCAGUUGAGAUGGAGUGGUUUUUCUGGACUGCAACAGCUGUUGUUAAAGGGCUUCACCUCCCAGACCACCUCUGACCUCACCCUGCAGCUCUUCUGUCAGCUCACACCUGUCUCACGAGUCCCCGUGGUCGACACGUCACAGGCUAUAGGUUUUCCCCUGAAUGUGCUGUGUCUCUUGCCUCAUCUGGUGCAGCACUUUGGCCACCCCACUCAGUUCUGCAAGGAGAGCGCUGAGAGGAUCGCACAGGUUUGUCUGGAGGAGAAGAACACCAAGCUGUCUCACCUGGCCCAUGUGAUGACCCUGUAUAAGAACCGGUCGUACACGCGGGACCCCUUCUCCUGGGUCAGCGUUGUGUGUCGCUAUCUCCACGAGGCCUUCGCUGACAUCACGCUCAACAUGGUCACCUACAUGGCUGAGCUCCUGGACAAGGGCCUACCCAGCAUGCAACAGUCGUUGCUCCAGAUCAUCUAUUGUCUGUUGAGCCACAUGGACAUGACGGUUGUCCAGGUCAAACAGUUCAACGCUGACGUCCUGAAGACCAUCGAGAAGUUUGUACAGACAGUUCACUGGAAGGAUGCAUUAAACAUUCUGAAGCUGGUGGUGUCCCGGUCAGCCAGUCUGGUCCACCCAGCUUAUAGCCACGCCCACGGUGACCUCUCUAACCUGGAGGUCAGUAGGAUCUGGGACGGAACAGCCAAGGCCCUGCCCGGCAAGACACUGGACUUCACCUUUGACAUCUCAGAGACUCCAGUGAUCGGGCGGAGGUUUGAUGAGCUGCAGGGGUCAGGGGGUAGAGAGGGGAAGGCCAGGGCUGUGACCCGUAGCACCUCCUCCACCUCCUCUGGUUCUAACUCCAACACCGUCCUAGUGCCUGUCAGCUGGAGGAGACCUCAGUCCUCACAGAAGAGAACAAGAGAGAAGCUGGUGAACGUUCUGUCUCUGUGUGGACAAGAGGUUGGCCUCACCAAAAACCCCUCGGUGAUCUUCUCGUCCUGUGGGGACCUGGACAUGAUGAUGGAGGUUCAGGGGAGCGGCGUGUCUUCGGAGGAGGGAGGAACCAGAGAAGACACGCUGGAUGACACGGCAUCGGAGCAGCAGUUCAGAGUGUUCCGAGACUUUGACUUCCUGGAUGUAGAGCUGGAGGACGGAGAGGGCGAGAGCGUGGAUAACUUUAACUGGGGUGUACGGAGGCGUUCCCUGGACAGUACAGAGCUGGGUGACCUGUUAGAGGAGAGUCAACACUCGGGCAGCACCCCUAGUCUGGGUCAGGAAGACCCACAGGACUCUGACCAAUCAUCAGAGGAAGAAGAGUCCUCUACCAGUCAGAGUCUGUCUCACUCACAACUGACUAAUCUCUCUCCGUCAGAGGAGACCAACCACACAGACUCUCUCUCUACGUCGUGUGACACCACGUCAGCCGACCCACAAUCCCUCAACGCCACCACACCAGGGACCAGCCAGGGACCUCCACACGACGAGCAGGGAGGGCUACGGGGUGAUGUGAGUGUAUGUGGUGAUGAUGAAGACACCCAGGGGCAGGACGAUGACCUGUCUCUCAGUGUAAACGACCUUCCCCAUGGCCAGGACGAUGACCUGUCUGUCAGUGUAAAUGACCUUCCCCAUGGCCAGGACGAUGACCUGUCUCUCAGUGUGAAUGACCUUCCCCAGGCCCUGGGAUCUGACUGUUGGGAGGGGGAGAGCUUCACUCUGGACCUGGAACACCACGGUCACCAUGGACACAGCAUGGAGCUCUGUAGACCCCCGCUGGGGUUUCUAGACCCUAGCUGUCUGCCCAGUCUCCGUGAUGACGUGGAUGAUCUAGAGGACCUUGGUUUUCCUCCUCCCCCCUCACCGUUCUUCUCCGCCAUCUUGGCUGCGUUCCAGCCCACUGUUUGUGACGACGCAGAGGAGGCAUGGCGUUGCCAUAUCAACCAGCUGGUAACCGACUCAGACGGAUCCUGUGCCGUCUAUACUUUCCACGUCUUCUCAUCGCUCUUCCAGAACAUCCAGACUAAGUUCUGUUCCCUGACCAGUGACGCCGCUGGUUACCUAGGAGACGGCCUGAGGGGCAUCGGGUCAAAGUUUGUGAGGUCAUCUGAUAUGUUGACAACGUGUUCCGACUGCCCCACGCUCUACGUAGACGCUGAUACGAUCAUUUCCUAUGGUUUACUAGAGAAGAUGAAGUUCAGUGUGUUGGAGCUGCAGGAGUAUCUGGACACCUACAACAACAGAGAAGAGGCCGCUGUCUCAUGGCUGAGGAACUGUAAGGACACGUUUCCCAGGUGCCCUGGCGAUGGCGUGAUUACCUGUCAGCCAGGAGACUCAGAGGAGAAGCAAAUGGAAUCUCUGGCACAACUGGAGCUGUGUCAGCGUCUCUACAAGCUUCACUUCCAGCUGCUCCUCCUCUUCCAGUCCUACUGCAAGCUGAUUGGACAGGUCCACGCUGUCAGCGCUGUGCCUGAGCUGCUAAACAUGUCUCGAGAGCUGAGUGACCUGAAGACCAGUCUAAGAGCAGCAGAGGCAGCGGUGGCUAGCAACCUGGAACACACACACCUGGCCCACACCCAGACCCAGGCCUCUGCCGCCCUGCCCAGCUUCAGCUCCUCCGAGGCAGCCGUACAAGCCAUCCUGGAGUGCCUCAACAACCAGGAGUUCAGCAAGGCCAUACGCUACAUCCACGAGUGCAGGAGGCUGUGGCCUAACGGUGUGUUUGGCGGUGGGUCAGAGAGCGAGGUGCAGACCCUCCUCAAUGUCUACUUCCGACACCAGACCCUGGGCCAGACGGGGACCAUCGCCCUGGUUGGGUCACGCCAGGACCUCAGCCUUAUCUGUUCCAAGCUGCUGGAGCUCAACGGGGAGAUCCGGGACAUGAUCCGCCGCGCUCAGGGCUACCGGGUAGUCAACACCUACCUCCCCGACUCCUCGGCCUCAGGGACAAGCCUCUGACAGCAGCACAGGAGCCCCCCUCGUACCUCUCCUCCACCCUUAUUAGCCUUGACCCGACAAACCUCAUCCUCCCUGUCACCCCUACCGCCCCUGAUCCCAUCGCAGAUGGUGCUGUUACCCCUGACCAUAACACCACUACCACCAUCUCAACUGCCCCAAACCCAGCCUCACUUCUGGCCUCUCCCUCCAGCUCAACCAUAGACUGGUCUCUGCCCUUACUCAUAGACUUCUACUGGCCUCCCCCAGACCUCUCCACACCCCACCGUGAGUGCACAAACAUACAUCAGGCCUCUCACACACACUCGUUACAGUGCAUCCCAAACCUCAGCCCUAACACACACACUCCACUCAAACCAGGUAACACAUUGCCCGACCUUACGCACACACACACACUCACACACACAUUUCCUGCUAUCCCACCUCGUGGACCACACCUCCAUCCAACCCCUCCUCCUGUCCUAGACACAUCUCCAACCCCCAUACUAACCCGUCUUAGUACACAUACUGACACACACACAUUUCCUGCUAUCCCACCUCGUGGACCACACCUCCCGUACUCCCCGUACACACAUCCAGAACCAGUCUUAGACACACAAGGUCUGGCCCCUCUCCUUCCUCCUCUUCCUCUUCCUCCCGACCCAGCCCAAGGUGCAGAGUGGGGGUGGGGGUGCUGCUGCGCCAUCGGAGGGGGUGGUACACCCCUGUCCCGUUACCUGGGGAAGGUGGGUCACGUCGCCCGGCCCCUACUCAGAGUGGGGGGGCUCCUGAACCCUAAACAACCCUCUGGUGUUCACACCUGAGGGUCAAUAUACCUGAUAGGCUCACCUGAUGAUUCUGACCACACCUGAUGCUGACCACACCUGAUGAUACUGGCCAUACCUGAAGAUGCUGACCACAACUGAUGCUGACCAUACCUGAAGAUGCUGACCACACCUGAUGCUGACCAUACCUGAAGAUGCUGACCACACCUGAUGCUGAUCGUACCUGAUGAUGCUGACCAUACCUGAAGAUCUCAACCACUCCUGAUGAUGCUGGCAACACCUGUGGAUUAAAAGACCUAAGUCCCCGAGAGACCAAAGGACAUACCUGAAACACCUGAUGAACCUGAGGAUUUACCUGACCUGAUAUGACUCAACCUGUGAAUGAAAAUACCUGAUCUCAGUGAAACCUUAGGAUGGAUGAAGUAUCUACCUGUUACCACCAGGUAACCUGGGGGUCCACUACCUGGGGGUCCACUACCUGACGCCUCACCUGUGGGUGAAUGUCCCAGAGUCACAGCUUCUAUUGCACUAACAUGGACUUCUGAGAGGAGAGGAGGAGCCGUUACUACUGAGAGAGACAUUCAAUCAUGCUGUUUAUCUGUGAGAGAGAUAGAGGCCAAGGACAUCUCUCAUCACGUGUGUAUCUGUUUAAAGAGUUUCUUCAGGGGGAAAUGUGCACUGCUUGACCUAGAGGAAUGCUGUAUUCUAGAAUCCACAGCUCCGUUACAGAAUCCCUGGCCUCUACUUAGAAUUGGUUACCUGGACGAUGUUUAGUUCUAGAACUGACAGAAGGGGGCAUUCACCAUAAAGACUGUUAGGAUCCGUCUGCAUCGCGGCAUUGUGUGAAGAGACAGGACACAGACUAGUAUUCAUGUGUUUAAUCUUGUUGCCUGGUUUUGAACCUGAACGCUUCUUGUGUAUUAGUGAACCAGCUCCUCAAGACUACUGUAGUGAAUCAGAGCCUCCCUUAGACUCUUAUAUUGAUUAGUAUGUACACACUGGCCAUACGUUGUAGCAUAUUCAUUGUGGGUCUACGUAUACACACACCAUUUGUUACCGUGACCAUCCUAUAUUGUGAUGUGCACCUGCUGUGACAUGGGGAAAGUAACGUUGUACACACAAAAUGUUGAAAUACUCCCAUAGUUCACAUGGACGUGUGCUGACAUUCACUGGUUUAAUGUCCUUAACUAAACAUGAGCUACUGUUCAAAUACCUGCUGGGCCCUGUUCUAAUAUUAAAAGUCCUUAACUUCCAUCCUACCUUGAAGGAAUCACUGACCAGGGUGGGUAAGAUUCAAAUAGGUCUGAUCAGUGGCCAAGGAAGGAUACACAUUUUUAAAGUAUUGGAACAGGGCCAUGGACACUUCCUGUGGUUGUCCCGCUCUUGUGAUUAGACGUUCCUUUCUACACGAGUUCAGUCAGUCUUUAGUCUUAUUUAUACCUUAAGAUCUAUCCUACUCCUGACCAGCUUUAUAGAUUUUCCCCAUGUUCCUUCAAUUCAAACUGAUUAACUGCCAUGCAUGUGUGUAUUCACAAGAUUCAUAUUUUAUCUUAGAUGCAUUUGUAUGAGGUGAAGGUUUGUGUGCGAGAGAAAGUGUGCAUCCCAAAACAAACUGCACAUUUCUAAAGCGUUGUAGAGGAAGACAGUUCACUUUGUAAAUAGUUUUACAGCUUUGUGAAGUCGCUGACUUGAUGCCAUGUCUCAAAAUAAAAGACCUUAAAAAUA